AUGGGGGGAGCUGGCUUCGCAUCCCCCCGCUUCUUCCCGCUGUCCCCCUCCAGCAGGCGGCUGGCCAACUCGGGACCACCGUCCCCUCCCCCCCACCCGAGAAAGAAACCCCCAAAGGAGCCCAAACGGCGGCCGGCCAGGGCCGCUGGGACCGCGCGCCCAGCCCGCGAAGCAGCGGCGGCGGCGGCGCCCGCUCACAUCCUCCGAGGCGGGUGUCAGCGGGGCUUGGCGGCACCGGUGCCCCUCACUCCAGCCGGGGGUCUCGGCUCUCCGGGUGCCCGGUCGGUACCCCCGCUCCCAUGGCUGCUCGGCCGGCCCGGGCCGCUCCGCCGCGCCUCCCUCCCUCCCUCCCUCCCCCCCGCACCCCGAGCCUCCUCGGUCUUUUCUCUGGCUCUGCCCGAGCGGCGGCUGCCGGGGACCGAGCGGCUGUCCUUCUCGCCACCGCCGCUGGGGGACUGGCACCUCUGGGUCCUAAAGGGAUCGGAUUUCCGGGGCCGGAGCUUUUCUCCCACUCUCUGUCGUUGGCCUGGCCGGGCUGACGAAGGGAGCCUUCCUACCCCUCCACCCGAGACGGUGAACGGGUUUGGGGGGAUGCUAGUCGGUCUCUUGGCAGAGUUGGGGGGCACCAAGGCCCAGCAGACCACUCUAUACCCACUUGUGGGCCGUGUCUUUGUGCACCCCUUGGAACAUGCCACCUUCCUGCGACUUCCUGAGCACAUUGCGGUGCCACCCACUGUCCGCAUCACCUACCACGCCCACCUCCAGGGACAUCCAGACCUGCCCCGGUGGCUCCGUUACACGCAGCGCAGCCCCUAUGACCCUGGCUUCCUCUACGGCGCUGCCACCCCAGAAGAUAAGGGCCGCCAGGUCAUUGAGGUCACGGCCUAUAAUCGGGACAGCUUUGACGUCACCGGGCAGAGGCUGAUACUGCUGAUUGGGGACCCAGAAGGCCCCCGACUGCCUUACCAGGCAGAGUUCCUCGUGCGCAGCCACAACGUGGAGGAGGUGCUGCCGUCCACACCCGCCAGCCGCUUCCUGGCCUCCCUUGGGGCCCUUUGGGAGCCCGGAGAGCUGCGGCUGCUCAACAUCACCUCCGCUUUGGACCGUGGGGGUCGUGUCCCCCUUCCCAUCGAGGGCCGUAAGGAAGGGGUGUACAUCAAGGUGGGCUCUGCCACACCCUUCUCCACCUGUCUGAAGAUGGUGGCAUCCCCUGACAGCCAUGCCCGCUGUGCCCAGGGCCAGCCUCCACUUCUGUCCUGCUAUGACACCUUGACACCCUACUUUCGUGUUGAUUGGUGCAAUGUCUCCUUGGUGGAUAAGUCAGUGCCUGAACCUUUGGAUGAGCUGCCUACCCCGGGUGAUGGGGUCCUGGAGCAUGACCCAUUCUUCUGCCCACCCACGGAGGCCACAGCCCGAGACUUCCUGGCAGAUGCCCUGGUCACCCUCUUGGUGCCCCUGCUGGUGGCUCUGCUGCUCACCCUGCUGCUGGCCUAUGUCAUGUGCUGCCGGCGGGAAGGACGGCUGAAGCGAGACCUGGCCACCUCUGACAUCCAGAUGGUUCACCACUACACCAUCCACGGGAACACUGAGGAACUGCGGCAGAUGGCAGCCAGCCGUGAGGUGCCCCGGCCUCUGUCCACCCUGCCCAUGUUCAACGUGCGCACGGGCGAGCGGCUGCCUCCCCGUGUGGACAGCGCCCAGGUGCCCCUCAUUCUGGACCAGCACUGAGGGCCCUUAUAGCCCAGGAGCCACCACUCAGAGAGCUGCUGACCCGUGGCCACAUCCACCGAGGAUUCCAGUUCCUGGCCCACUUGGACCCCAGGCUCUGACCAAGC